GAGCCGGAGAUCCUCGCUUGAGUUUUGCAAGGCGAGCGGGUGUCUCUGCGCCGUCCGCUGCUCAGGCGAGGUGCGGGGGGGUGAAGUGGUUUUUUUUUUUUUAAAUUGCAGAUCUCGGCCGCUGCAGAACUUUCUGCCUUCGCUUUUUUUUAAAAGACCCCAGGUCUAGUCAUUGAUCCGACCUCAGCUUUCCUCGCAUGGAUCUUCUUCCUUCGAUCCCCUGAGCCGUCCUGGAUCUACUCCACCUCUUUCUCUAGGUGGCCACAGGAGGAGCGGAGGCUUCGUCGGAAAGCUGUACAGUUGACGAGACGUAGUUAAAGGAUCGAGGACGGGCAGGGAGCUUUCAGUUGGGGCGAUCGAUCCCCUGCGCUUUUCCCCGCUGGAGCCAGUAGAUCCCGGCUCUUCGCUCGCCAGGCCCUGAGUGUGGAGACAAAUUUAGGAGAUGUGGUUAUGCUUGGACGUAUUUUCAAAUGGGAAUUUGGAUUUACUACGGAUUAUUUGUGACAAGGUUGUUUAACUGCAACAAAGACCAGGAAAAAUCCCCAAGGAUGAGGUUCUGUGCCAAAUCAAUGCUUCCAUCUCAGUGGCUGUUCCUGGCAUAUGUGUUAAUGGUGUGCUGUAAAUUGUUGUCUGCGACUAGCUACCAUCCCCGGGGGCAUCCAGGCCACCACCAAGUCAAGCAAGGGACCUGUGAAGUGGUCGCAGUGCAUAGAUGUUGCAACAAGAACAGGAUCGAAGAGCGGUCGCAGACGGUCAAGUGUUCUUGCCUCCCAGGGCAGGUUGCUGGCACCACACGAGCGCAGCCCUCCUGUGUGGAAGCUGCUAUUGUCGUCCAGAAGUGGUGGUGCCAGAUGAGCCCUUGUCUGGAUGGAGAGGAAUGUAAAGUCCUUCCUGAUUACACAGGGUGGUCUUGCAGCAGCGGAAACAAAGUCAAAACUACCAAGGUGACCCGGUAGCAAAGCAUGCAGUGGGACACUAAAAUGUAUGGAUACCUUGCUUGACUGUUGCAGAGAGACACUGUGUGUGAAAAAGAUCCAGUUUGGAUUCUUAGCUUUUUGACUUAGUGGGCAAAAAGAGACAUAUUUCUGCUUUUUGACUGUGGCGACACUUCUCAAAUGUUGACUUUCAUACAAAGCACUAUAUACAUUUUGAAGACAGGACCUGUAUGGCUUUGAUGCUUGAACGUGAGCAACCGAAAUUCCUUCUGAUGCACAUUAUCUGCAGACCUUUACUUGUUGCAUUAUAAAGUCUGAAAGUAUGAUUCCAAGAACUCUGGGAAGUUGGUAAGAUGAAGAACCAUGGACGAUGCAGAUGAAGGAGCCUCCUCCUCCUCCAACUAUGGAAGUUGUAGGAAGGGCAGUUGAUGUAUGCUUAGAAAAUCCACUUCAAUAUAUUUUUAGCUGGCAUUUAGCAAGUAAGAAAGUGAAUCAUGUUUAUAGCCCUUCCCCUUAUUAUGUUACUGACUGUGUGACUGUUUCUUUCCAUUUGUACAGGUUUAGAGAGAAUAGUCAAGGACAUGUAAUUCUGAAAGUAGGUAGAUCUUAGUGUGCCAAAUAACCUAUCAGAAAAGAGCAGAAUCGAAAUCUGUAUUGCCUGUUUGCUUUGAGAAAUUGAAAGAAAACGGAUGAACUAAUUCGCUACAGAUUCUUUAAUCCAAAGCAAGAAAUGUACAGUUGAAAGUACUCUUCUAGAUAUGUGUAGAAAAUGUCUUGGGAAAUGCUGAUAUCUUGGUUGUCCCACACCACAUUCACUUGGAUGAAGCCAGUCAGAUGAAUUGUAUAGCUUGUAUCAUUGCCAUAUCAGAUUUUCUGGCUUUGUGCAGUGAUUCAAGUUGGACUGUAGGUUGACAUUUCCUUCACCUUUGUAGAGCAGAAGGAAGAGGUACUGCAACUGCAUACCCCAUUUGCAAAACUGUCUCAUGCUCCAAAACAAACUAUGAUUGAGCAUUGAAUGUGGCACUUAAUGCAGGAUUCAACCCACUAUAUCUGUCAUGGAACAAUGUACUCCUGCCUUCUUAUUGUAGCACAUAAAAAGUGGCACGGAAAAUGUCUGAGGCAGCAGGAACACUUUUAAAGGAAGGGGCAUACAGAUUUUCAUUCAUUUCUGGACUAUGUCGGAGUUUUGCUACAUCUGGUAAUUUUGGCUCACGGUGCCACUUCCGCACAGUGGGGAGAAAUAAGACUUUACAGUACAAUCCUGAGCAGAACUGAUGGGGGAAAGAGCUGUCAAAUCGCAGCUCGCUUAUGGCAACCCCAUAGAGUUUUCAAGACAAGAGAUAAGGAGAGGUGGUUUGCCAAGGUCUUCCUGGGUGGUCUCCCAUCCAAAUUCUAAUCAGGGCCAGCCCUAUUUAGCUUCCCAGGAUCUGAGCAGCAGUGGCAAAGUGGUUAGGAGCAGGUGCAUUCUAAUCUGGAGGAACCGGGUUUGAUUCCCAGCUCUGCCGCUUGAGCUGUGGAGGCUUAU